UGUUUGCAGGCUAACGGGAGUGCUAUGAAAGCUGGUGGGAAUAGUAAACAUGCUUUCUUUGCUUUGCCUGCUUCUAAGAUCCCAGUUUUUAUACCUAGCUCAUGGAAACAUAGCUCAACCCAUGCUCCUCGUUCAAAUACGUCUAAGCUUACUAACCAAACCUCUUCCUCUUCUUCUAAGUCCUCAAUCCCCUGUCUCAGUCUGAGCUGGCCCAGCUGUAGACCCGUCUCGCCCUCACAGUCUCCCGAGCCUUCUCAGUGUUCUGAAGGUCAAAACCUAACCCUCUCUCCGCAGACUCAAAAUGGCCAGUCCUGCUCGUAUUCUUACUCAUCCUCAUCCUCCUCUAGCUCGUACUCUUCCUCCUCCCCGGUCUCUCCACACUCUACUACUUCCUCUUCAUCCCCUUCCUCUCCCACUGCCAUGUGCCGGGGAAGUCGAGCUGUACACGUGUCGAGCUUCAGCAGCCGCAGGUCUCUGAAGGCCCGCAAUGGCCAAGCCGCUAUCACACCAGCAUCCUUUACUGGGGACAUGGCAUGAGCUGACCAUUUCUCUCUUUUGUUCUUUCUGUUUGCACUCAUUCUGGUGGGAUUUAAGGUGUUCUUCUGCAGGUCAUGUACUUCUGUAACAAACAGAAACACUGAUUUAGUUAUGCCUGUUUGUUUGGGGUGAUGUUAUUGUCGUUGUGCACUUCCUCUGAAAUCCAGAAGUAGUUCAGAAUCUAGAUCCACAUAUGGUUCUUCUGAAUAACGAACUUUGUUUUUGGUUUAUGUGAGGGAUUAAACUUGACAGUGUUGGCUUUAUAUUUUAUAGAUGUGCAUUUGUUUAAUUACAUGAACUAUAAAUAGAAUACACUAUAAAGUAAAAUAUACUUUGCUUUUUUAGGGAAAGGAAAUUAGAUGAAUUCAUUAACUAGCCAUAUAUCCAUAUAUAUAGGUCCAGAAGUCUGAGAGCACUUUGAUUAUUUUUAAAUUGUCAAUUUUUGAGCCCGUUCUCAUCCUUUGGCGUCAUAUAGGUGACGCCAUAUGACAUUU